AAAGGUCCUUCGCGUUAAAACUCGCGACAAACGCGAGUGGUGGGACCCUGUGCCUCCCCUUUGCACGGUCACCAGCUUUGGCAUGAGAGAAUCUCAAGGGCGUGCCUUUGCUUGUAGAGUCGACAUACCUCCGGCUGCUCCGUCCUUUAGAUGCUUCUUGAAACUGCUGGUUUCUAUGUCCCCAGAGCUUUUACUGAGAUGUAGCAUGCCAGGUUCGGUAAAUUAUAACACUCUUGAGCUCACUUACUUAUCGCAAGUUGGUUCCCUUGGAGGCUUUUUGAGUGAGCGAAAGACCGUGCGUUGUUCACCUCAGUGAAGGUUGGGAUGGUUGCAAAGAGGCAAGUGAGCGUCAAUCAAUGAGCACCUGGUGUGGGGUUUAUGCUAGGAUUCAUGUGAGUACGUACUGUUUGUCGAGCCUGAGAGGUUGUGGAGGGCAUCAAGACUAGAGUUGAGGAUCAUGAUUCAAUGGAAGACGCGAAAGGUUUUGGAAUAUUGUUGGGGGACAUGUAAACAUUGCAAUUUAUUACUGCAAUUUGUACGCAUCUUAAUUUCUCAACUCAUGAGCUCUCGAGCUUGAAUCAUUGGGGAAAUCAAAGUUUUCCACAAAUGGAACUUUUUAGUUAAGUUUUCCUGACCACGAAAGUUGUCCAUGAUUUUGGGAUUGAUAUCAGACACGCUGUGCCUUGUGUGCUUGUGGGAGAUUGGAACCUGUACACACACACAGUAAGGAGCUGACGCCACCACCUGCCUUGAUUACUCGGGUUUGUUCAUUGUCUGUAAGGACCACAUCAGUCCCAAGAAAAGUUUUGAACCUCUGCUGAUGCUGAUGUCGUGCAAAGUUUCAGGAAAUAAUACAAGCUCCUGCAUAACGGAAGACAAAGCAAAAGUGCGCAGUUCGCAGGCCAAUGUAGUCGAUUGCCUGCAGGUGCUGCAGAAGAAAUGCUGUGAGCUCACUCUUUUUGACGAUUAGAAUUGGGGCCUGAACAUUUAGUUCGUCAAACAUUAUCUUUCGUUGGGUUGUGUUCGGUGCAAGGAAGCUGUUAACUGAGACAAUAUCCGAGCAGAGUAGAUAUGAAUCUCAAUUGAGUGGUGACAUCACAAGCUGGAGGCAGAGAAGCCUACGACAGCAGCGGAAGAAUAGUGUUACUGAACAAGCUUCAGAAAUUUUGCGACCAUAGCUACACUCUCAAACUUGCCCCAGCAUGUCUUCAAAUUCUGCUCGUAAUCUAGAAGAUUUGACGUGGAAGGCACCUACUUCCUCUCAGAACACAACCACGGAUGUCGUCAAAGACACCGCAGAAAAAUCCAAUUUCGACAAGGGGGUGCUGGAGGAAGAGUGGUACACGCCCGAAACCUCUCUCAUGGAGCUCUCCUACUCAUCCUCUUACGAAAUGCAAGAUGCUCCGUCAAAUUUCAGCUUGCUUGAACCCUCCCUCAAUUUCGACAGUGUCAACAGUCACGCCAGCUUCCGUCUGGCCCCAUCAAUCAAUUUAGGCAUGAGCCAGCUCCAAGGCAACGGCCUUCUGGAUAAUCUUGCAUGCACUGGCCAAGGCUCGAGUGUUAGCCUCCUCUCAAAUAUUCCUCCAGGCGGGCAACUCGGUCAUAUCUCCACAAUGGACAGCUACAGCCAGGGAAUAAUCUUCCCAGGUAGUAGCGUUGGCAACAUCGCCAGCAGCAGCAUCAAUGCAAGGAGUGUAAAUCUCCCACCUUCGUUUGCAGAUGCAUAUUCUGUGUCAGCAUUGAACCAAAACAAGCCUGGGGAGGGUGGUUCUGGAGUCUCCAGAAACGACUUUGUGCUACACCACACGAGCAAGCAGGCGAAGAGCUGUUUGCCAGGACAGCAGACAUUGUUCCAGAAGGGUGCAGCCUCUAGGCGAUCGGUGGCAGGUGGAACUGUCCCGUCAGCAAGCAAGUCGCCCUCACGGGUAUUCACAUCUGCCUCAAACGACUCCUCCAUGGACACGCGGGAUAAAGAAAGUCCUCAUACGGGGAAUGCCUCGAGGGCGGAAAUGCUUUCGGGGUCCGAUGAUCCAAACGACAUAAGGUUAGACGGAGAUGACUACGAUCCCGACGAGAGUGGGGAUGGCUCUGGGGGGCCCUACGAGGUGGAAGAAGGCGCAGGCAAUGGAGCAGAGAACCAUGGAAAUUCGAAGAUCAAGGGGAAACGCGGCCUUCCUGCAAAGAACCUCAUGGCCGAGCGCAGACGCCGCAAGAAACUCAAUGAUCGUUUAUAUAUGCUUCGCGCUAUGGUUCCCAAGAUCACAAAGAUGGACAGGGCCUCCAUACUCGGCGAUGCAAUCGAGUACCUUAAGGAGCUCCUGCAGCGUAUAAAUGACAUCCACAGCGAGCUCGAUGCAGCGAAACAGGAGCAGUCGCGGUCCAUGCCGUCCAGCCCCACUCCGAGGUCCGCUCAUCAAGGCUGCCCACCUAAAGCGAAAGAAGAAUGCCCCAUGUUGCCGAAUCCUGAAACCCAUGUCGUCGAGCCACCACGAGUGGAGGUGAGGAAACGAGAAGGCCAGGCACUCAACAUCCACAUGUUCUGCGCGCGUCGGCCAGGAUUGCUCCUCUCUACUGUAAGGGCUCUUGACGCCCUGGGCUUAGAUGUGCAACAGGCCGUCAUAAGCUGCUUCAAUGGCUUCGCUCUCGACCUCUUCCGUGCAGAGGCAAAAGAUGCAGACGUAGAACCCGACGAAAUCAAGGCCGUCCUGCUACUCACUGCAAGACGUGGAAUGCAUCCUUUGCAAAGAAUGAGCCUUGAAAAAACGUUACGAACGCAGACCGUUUCUGUACAGCAUCUCCCAAGAUAUGUGUGCCCUACUGUCUAUGCAUUUACGAUACAACCCAUGUCUCCCCUCACCACCCUACAUCUGCCAGACUUGUCAGGCUAGCGGCCGGAUAAAGUGAAACACAGCAGCUGCAAGCGUGGACGCAACGAAGCUCCGGAACUGUAUCCAUGCAUCGGGAGAAAACAAACGCACGAUGCCCCACGCUUGCAAAUCUGUCUGUCGUUGUGAAAGCAAUAAUCUCCAAGCCUCGCUCCCCCAUAUCCAUCCCGAGUCCUCCAGGCAUUGCAAAUCAGGAAUGAAGUCCUCCUAAAGCAUGGACUCUGCCGAUUCUUCCCCUUUGGAACUUGUGUAUUCCUGGCUGCUGCUGACCUUGAAUCUGGAUACCCGAUUUCGAAUCGUUCCCUGGUCUCUCCGUCAAUGGCGAAUGCAGUCUCCGAAUGAGACACAAAAGCUCAUUCUUAGACAGGGUUUAGUGACGAAAUACCAUGGAAAAUAGGGAAAAAGAGUGUGACAUUGCAAAAGGAUAAACGCUUUUGGAUCUCCAUUGACAUAGUGUGCUUGUCUUUUGACUUCUCAUUUAUUGAAAUAAUGUAUGAAGAUAGGAGCUUUUGCCUUAUCAUCAAAGUGGUUUUUUUUUACAUAAAAAAUGUAAACAUCAUAAGACUGAAACAUCAGGAAUAUGAUGGUUGGUCCUCCCUAAAACA